AUGUUUUCAAGAAGUAUUACUCGUGCUACUAGACUGGCAUCCUUGAAAAGUCCUAUAUGGCAUGCUUCCAAGUUAACUCAACUCCCAGUUCAUAGAUCACCAUUGGCCAAUGAACUGUCUCUCAUUAGAAAUUUCACAAGCACAACUAUAACACAACAUGGUCAUAUACACAAACCAAAACCAGGUGAAGAAUUACAUGUUACAUUCAUCACUAAAGAAGGAGAACAACUAGAGUAUGAAGUCGCAGAAGGUGAUUCCAUUUUAGAUAUUGCACAACAUUAUAAUUUAGAUAUGGAAGGUGCUUGUGGUGGUUCAUGUGCAUGUUCAACUUGUCAUGUUAUUGUUGAUCCUGACUUCUAUGAUGAGAUUCCUGAACCUGAUGAUGAUGAAAAUGAUAUGUUAGAUUUAGCAUUUGGUUUAACUGAAACUUCAAGAUUGGGUUGUCAAGUGAAAAUGACUAAAGAAAUUGAUGGUAUACGAGUCGCAUUACCUGCUAUGACUCGUAACUUGUCAUCAUCAGAUUUCUCAUGA